AUGGCGCUUAGCCACCUCCGCCAUGCGCCGCUCGCUCUCCGCCUCGCGCUCCCGUCCAUCGCCUGCUCCUCUCCCGCCACCCGCCGCCUCUUACUCUUUGCGCCGGCUCGCCCGUGGCGCCUCCUCUCUACCGCCUCGAAGCCGCGCUCGCUCGCCACCUCCGCCGCCGCCGAGGCCGACAACACCAGCGUGGGCACCGACGGCUUCUUCGCCGAGGACAGCACGUCCUGGAAGUCCCUCGGCAUCUCCGACCGCCUCGCGUCCGCCUUGCACGGCACUGGGCUCGAGAGACCCUCGCUGGUCCAGGCAGCUUGUAUACCACAUGUUCUUACGGCGAACGAUGUAAUUGUUGCGGCAGAGACUGGCAGUGGCAAAACACAUGGUUACCUGGUUCCACUGAUUGAAAAACUGUGCACCAAAUCUUCCUCCACAGAAGAUGGUGAUUCUGAAAACAUUGCUGUGAGAACAGAUAACAUCGUGUUGGUUUUCUGUCCUAAUGUCAUGCUGUGUGAGCAAGUUGUUUCAAUGGCUAAUUCAUUACUGGAUGUAUCUGGUGAACCACUUAAGCGCGCUGUUGCAGUUUGUGGGCCAAAGGGUUGGCCUGCAGUUCGCCCAGAUAUUCUUGUAGCCACUCCAGCCGCUCUUUUGAAUUAUCUAUUCGAUUAUGACCCAGAGAGGAGGCGGAGGGAGAAGUUCCUACGCAGUGUAAAAUACAUCGUGUUUGAUGAGGCAGACAUGCUACUUUGCGGAAGUUUUGAAAAUCAGAUCAUUCGUCUCAUCCACAUGCUGCGGUUUGACGAGAAGUUACUUUCAAGGGCGGAAGAUUCUGGAAAAGAAGUACCGCUCGAAGGUUCUGAUGAAUAUCAUGAGGAUUCGGGUUCUGAGAGUGCUGAAGUUAGUGAUAUUGAUGAUGAAAAUGAAGAUGGUCAUGUUCAAGAUGGAGCAGUCAAGGUGGAGAAUGCUCCUGUAGGAGCACGCAGGGAUUGGAGAAGGGUUAGAAAAGUUUAUAGGCGCAGCAAGCAAUAUAUCUUUGUUGCUGCCACCCUCCCUCAGAGUGGAAAAAAGACUGCUGGUGGUGUGCUGAAACGUAUGUUUCCUAGUGCUGUGUGGGUUAGUGGUGCUUAUCUGCACCGUCACAACCCUAGACUGGAGAGAAGAUGGAUAGAGGUUACUACUGAUACACAAGUUGAUGCGCUUCUGGAUGCAGUAAAGUAUGGCCUGAAGAGUGAAGUUGACACAGAACUUGGUCCAAAUCGAACUAUGGUGUUCACGAACACUGUCGACGCUGCUAAUUCGGUCUCUGACAUAUUGCGGAGAGUUGGUAUUCCAUGCAUCUUGUACCACCGUGAGAGCUCCCUGGAGGAAAGGACAGCCAAUUUACAAUCUUUCCGGGAGAAUGGUGGCGUGCUCGUCUGCACUGAUGCUGCCGCUCGUGGGCUUGACGUGCCAAAUGUAUCACAUGUUAUUCAGGCGGAGUUUGCUGCUUGCGCUGUCGACUUUUUGCACAGGGUGGGUCGCACAGCUAGAGCUGGCCAAUCUGGAAUAGUGACUAGCCUAUAUACAGAUGCAAACCGUGAUCUCGUGAGAGCAGUUCGUCAAGCGGAGGAGCUGGCCCAGCCAGUGGAGAGGGCGUUCAGUAGAAAAAGAAGUUUCCGCAACAAGUUGAAGAAACAAGCUCGACUGCGCGAACCUGCAACGUUGCUGUCUUGA